AUGCCGAUGGAGCAGGCCUUCAUGCACUGCGACAAAGACACCCUCAAGAUGGCCAUGCUCAAGCACGAGGAGACCUUCAGGCAGCAGGUUCACGAUCUCCAUCGCCUGUACAGAAUUCAGAAGCUUCUGAUGAGGGACCUCAAGAGGGAGAUCAAGAGCCAGCAGAGCGGCCUGUCCGCCUCCCCCAACGGCUCCCCGGGCGCCGAGUACGACCGCCGCAGGGCGAGCGCGCUCGACGCGUGCUCCUACGAGCAGCAGUGGCAGUACGGCACCACCCGCCGCGGCAGCCACGGGGACGGGGCGGCGACUCCUCGCGCGGCGCAGGCGCAGCUGAGCCCGGAGGCGACCGACGACGAGGAGGCGGAGCUGGAGCUCACGCUCGCCCUGGGCAGCGGCGGCAAGAAGCGGUACAGCGACGGGCACUGCUCCCCCGGGGAGAGCUUCUCGUCGUCGACGACGGAGUCUGACACGCUCACGGGCGGCCAGGACUGGCAGCAGGCGCAGGCGCAGCAGCAGCUGGUCGGCACUGGCGCAGGCGCGGGCUCGCCGUACCACAAGCGGAGGCCGGCAGGGUUCGGCGCGGAGCAGGCGGAGGACGGCGGGGUGCAGCAGCAGCCUUCUCCGCUGCUGUUCCACUGGCUCAGCCUACGGAUGGCGUGA